GUCACAUGAAGAUCAGGAAUGCAACGACUUCCAGGCAUACUGUAUGGCGCACAAGGGCAGGGCGACGUCCGACGUCUCCUACAACCCGACGGAUCCACCCCAGGCGUACAGCAACCCGAGCGUCCACACACGCAUCACUGAGUACACGGAGAUGGGAAAGGCGCUCCAUGGGGACACAUGGGAUCCGGCCACCCAGCCCCUUUCUGGAGAAGCCAUCAUGAGGGCAGGAGGAGGGAAGAAGCACGGCCGUUACUGGAUCGCCAACAGCCUUGUCGACACAGCCAAUACGCCGACUCUCUCCCAGCUUCGGGCAAGGACCACCGACUUGACCCCGCCAAUACGCCCACGGCCUGAGACUUCAGUGGCCAGCGUGCGUGCAAUCCAGGCCCGGAUGGACGAAGAGACGAAGAGGCGGGAGGAGAUCGAGGCGAGGCUGGAGGAGGAGCGGACGCUAAGGCAGGAGCAAGAGCGCAGGUGGCAGGAAGAGCGGAUGCAGGAGCGGCAGAGGAUGGAGCAGGCGCUUCUUGCUGAGCGAGAGGCCGCGCAACAACAGAUGCAGACCAUGUUCUCAUACCUCCAAGGUCUUGGCGCGACAAUCAACUAUCAACCGCCGCCAACGAUGCCCUGGCCUCCACCACCGCUGCCACCGCUAGGCCUUCCUUCUAUCUUUCCUCCAUCUGGCGCUACAAGCACUCCUAAUCAAUCGAUUGGGGGGUCAAAUGAGCCUCCGGACGAGCAUUCACCGGCACAGGCGGCAUCACAGUGGCCACUGAGCUGAUUUAGAGUAGUUUAUGGUAUUUAUUCUACAGACUUGUACUUGUUAGACUUGUGCUUGUUUAAUUUGUUGGACUUGUG